CUGUUCGACACCCUGGGGUCGAGGUUGAGUGCAAAUGGUACCGGGUGUUUUUACAAGCACGAUGGCCUCUCGACAAAUCGGCAAGAUUUUGAUCCGAAAUUCGGCCCUUUUCCUGUGCGACAUGCAGGAGAAAUUCCGACCCACGAUCCAAUACUUCCCUCAGAUCGUGGAGGUGGCGAGGAGGAUUUUCAGAGCGGCCGAAAUCAUGAAAAUACCGCUGAUCGUCACGACUGAACAAUAUCCGAAAGGCCUCGGACCGACUGUUCCAGAAAUCGGUGUCAGCCGCGACACCCACGACAUCAUCGCAAAGACCUGUUUCACGAUGUGCACGCCGGAAGUCGACAAGAAGCUCACCGACGCAGGCACCAGCUCGGUGAUUCUCUGCGGCAUCGAGACCCAGGCGUGCGUCCAACAGACGGCGCUGGAUCUCUUGGAGAGAGGCCUGGACGUGCAUGUGAUUGCAGACGCUUGCUCCUCACGGAGCAUGGUGGACAGGCUGUAUGCCUUUGAGAGGAUGCGUCAGAGCGGGGCCUUCAUCACCACCAGCGAGGCGAUGCUGCUCCAGCUCCUGGGAGGAGCGGAGCAUCCCUGCUUCAAGGAGGUCCAGAAACUCAUCAUGACGUCUGCGCCGGAGAGCGGACUCCUCAGCAAGAUGUAGUAAGCUUGUUUGCAAAAGGCAAGGCUUGUGUAUCAGUGCUGCAGUUAGGCACUUAUGCUGGAUCACAAUGUGUCGGCCUGUCGGGUCAACUCGACCGUUUGUCAACUCGACCAUUUGCCAACUCAACUUGGACCAACUCGACCGUCUACCAACUCGUCCGAUGUUCAAUCAACUAAAAAGUCAAGGCUUGUGUAUCAGUGCUGCAGUUAAGCACUUAUGCUGGAUCACAAUGUGUCGGCCUGUCGGGUCAACUCGACCGUUUGUCAACUCGACCAUUUGCCAACUCAACUUGGACCAACUCGACUGUCUAUUAACUCGUCCGAUAUUCAAUCAACUAAAAAGUCAACUUGACUGCUGUGUCAUUGUAUACACAAACAAGGGAACAUGGUUCAAAACACAGAAACAAUCAUUGCUUUCGUCCAUCGAGUGCGCACGAGCAAGAGUGAAAAAAAAAAUGGCGGUGCUGAAUCACAGAGAAAGUCGUUCCAGUGGAUCUGGAAAUGUUGUGCAUCAUCAGUAACACAGUUGCUGUGCUAAUUUAUUGAGCAUACCCAAAUUGUCCCGAAAAGCCAGACGAACUUGUGCUAUUAUGCAUGAGUAGUCUGCACACUACAACUCAAAUCACGUAACCCAAGGUUUACUUGUACAGUAUACAACGGACGAGUUGGCAAACGGUCGAGUUGGCUCGAAAGUGAAGUCGAGUUGGUCAACGGACGAGUUGGUUCAACAGUCAAGUUGGUACGAUGGUCCGAGUUGGUAAAGGGUCGAGUUGAUUUGAGUCAAGUUGGCAAACGGUCCAGGUGACUGUAAUCCGAUCACAAGUGUGUCACAAGUCUUGUCUUAAGUAAAUUGCAAGAACAUCACAAGUCCAGUCAUAAGUAAACGGGGAUGGGCAGUAACAAAGGAAUGCCUUUUACAGAGUUCAUUUGAAAUGCUUGCGAGAUGAUUUGUAAAAUUUGCUUAAAACUCAAUCAGUUGAGUCAUACACAAGUACUGUGUGUUAUACAAUCCAACUAUAAAAACAGGGUUAUUCGACAUUGCGGUCAUUCAUUCAGCUGAACAAAAAAAAUAUGUUUUAAAAAACAUUUGACUAGUCAGUAAUUUUUAUAUUCAUGUAUAAAAUGUACAGAAAUUGUAUAAUGAAAGUUUGAUUAUUUUGAAUAAUUAAAUUAAUUAACGUCGAAAAAUGUUUAAUAUUGUCCACUUUGUGAAGAGAGUAUUAAACUUUGAGAUUAUGAAAAUUGUGCGUCAAAGUUUUAUGAGUUAUAAAAGUUUGGAAAAGAACACCUAAUUUUCUUUCCACUUAAACCUAGAACUUAAGGGGGGAAUACAUCAAGACUGAGAGAAGCAUGUUUUUAAAAUUUAUUUGCGACAAAUUUAUUUCAUUUUAGCUACAGCAUCAUGGACAUAAGUUUCCUUAUAACAGUGCGACCAAAAUAUUACUUUACCAGUAUCUUCCCUUGGACAUUUCACUAUAUAGAAGUCGACUAGACCUGGUAGAUUCGUAUUGUGCUUCGGGUCGGGUUGAUCAGGCCAAACUGACCAGAAACAUUACAGAUACAGUCGACUCUCGUUAAUACAAACUCGUUCGGACUUGGCCAAAUUGUUUGUUAUAUCAGAAUUUUGUAUUAAGAGGAACAUCAGUCCCAUUCAUUGUGCACAUAAAUGCACAGGCGGGACCAAGACUUUGUGUUUGCUAUAACCAGAAUUUGUAUUAACAGUGAAACGAGAGUCAACUGUGUACAUGUUAAUCAAAACUGAUCUGAACUCCCCAAAUCCACCUUGACCCCACAAAAAUUCCAGCAAAAACCGACCCCCCCCCC